GGUCAUCACCCCGGUGUAAACGACGAUGACAUGCGACUGUCAUAACAUCCAUAGCUCAAGGAUUUUUUUUUCUCUAUGUUCAAUGGUCCACCAAUACAAUCUGCACCGACAACUACGCGGCUUAAACCAUAUCGAGCCGAGAGAUAGGAGACCUGAAACCUGUUUCAGAACUCUCCAGCUUUGAUCUCGUCUUUGUAUGUUCCGAUGAUAUCAUACUAGAUGGAUUGUUUGGGAAAAGACUAGUGUGUUGAUAUAGACGCGGUUCAUAGCAUAUAUAAGUACUCCUGCGGUCACCAUUGGCUUCAUAACUCCAACAUGUCUUCUGCGGCCAUCCAAUACACCCUUCCUGACCUACUCUCACUCUGUUCCUUUGACUUUAGCAAACCUAAUCCUUACUUGCAGGAGUGCAGUGCAGAGAGCAACGCGUGGGUCACCCGUUUCAACGUUUUAAACGACAAAAACAAAAUCAAGAUGGAGAAUAGCCAAUCUGAACUUCUCUGUGCCCUCGUAUACCCAUACGCAGGGCAUGAGGGAUUCAGAACGACCUGCGACUUCGUCAACUUGUUGUUCGUCCUGGAUCAUCUUAGCGAUGACAUGAAUGGCAAGGAUGCGCACGGCGCAUGCGAGGUCUUUUAUCAAGUCAUGGCAGAUCCUGACUUCAACCAUGAGUCUAUUUUGGCAAAAAUCACGCUUGAUUUUCGUCAAUCCAUUCUCCGUGCCGCGAAGCCGCAGUUCUUCAAACACUUCCUGAGCUGCCUAAGGGGAUAUACCCAAGCCGUUGUGCAGGAAGCGGAACUAAGAGAAGCUGGAGAAGUUCACGAUCUGAUUAACUUCGUGCCUCUACGUCGUGAAAACAGCGCCGUGAGGUGUUGUUUCACAUUCAUAGAAUAUAACUUGGACAUCGAAUUACCUGAUGCAGUCUUCGACGAUCCAAUUUUCCAAAGUGUUUAUUUUGCGGCUGUUGACAUGGUGUGCUGGUCCAACGACCUCUUUUCAUACAACGUGGAGCAGGCCAUGGGCCACACCAGCAACAAUAUCGUUACUGUUUUAAUGCAGGAGAAAGGAAUGAGCGUUCAAGAGGCAGUGGACUCCAUCGGAGUUGUCUUUAAACAGCUCAUGACACGCUUUCUGAAGGACAAGUCUCGUUUGCCGUCCUGGGGUGCGGAUGUUGACCGUGACGUUGCACUCUACGUCGAAGGUCUUACACGUUGGGUUGGUGGAAAUUUGGUCUGGUCAUUCCAGUGUUCCAGAUACUUUGGAACUGCCAACAAUGUCGCCCUCCUCACUCGGUUGGUGACUCUGUACCCGAAGGAUACUGAGGUUGAGCAAGAGUGAAAGAGGUUGUUAGAUGAAGAUAAUGCAUUGACAUGAACAUAUAGAACACUUUAGAUUUGUCGGUAGAAUUUUUUCUGAAUCAUUUUUGGUCUGGAUGGU